AUGGCUGACGCUUCAAGCCUGUCUGUUGGCGUAGCGCAGUGUUUAAGAACAUGUGUGUUAUUACUAGUGAUUUUUUACGGCCGGUGUCUUAAUUUAAACACAGCUUGUAUAGAAGUGAAAAAGGCCUAUACUGAAAAAGGAUUUGAUGAAAAUGAAGUACCUAUAACGGCGAUAUCUG